AUUAAAUCUUGUUUUAUGCCGGAGUGCAUUCUGUCCGGGAUCAUGUCUGUCAAUGGGCACAUGGACAGAAACCCUUACUACGGUGGUGAGAGCUCUUCCAUCACCCCCCUGGAGGAGCUGUACAAGCGCUUCAGUCACCCAGAUAGUCCACCUGAGUCAAUGGGCAGAGGAAGAGACUGGAAUGUUGACCUCAUCCCCAAGUUUCUCAUGGCCAAUGGUCAGCUUGUGAAGAUGCUGCUAUACACAGAAGUGACACGAUACCUUGACUUUAAAGUUGUGGAGGGAAGCUUUGUCUACAAAGGAGGAAAGAUCUACAAGGUGCCCUCCACCGAGACCGAGGCAUUAGGUUCAAACCUUAUGGGGAUGUUUGAGAAGCGAAGGUUUCGGAAGUUCUUGGUCUUUGUGGCCAACUUUGAUGAGAAUGACCCUAAGACCUUUGAAGGUGUCGACCCCAAAACCAUAACGAUGAGGGAUGUUUACAAGAAGUUCGACCUCGGCCAGGAUGUCAUUGAUUUCACUGGCCACGCCCUGGCCCUCUACAGGACAGAUGACUACCUUGAUGUUCCCUGUUUGGAGACGAUCAAUCGCAUCAAACUGUACAGUGAAUCUCUGGCACGGUACGGGAAGAGUCCCUACCUCUACCCCCUGUAUGGUUUGGGAGAGCUGCCACAGGGAUUUGCCAGGUUGAGUGCAAUCUAUGGAGGAACAUACAUGCUGAACAAACCAGUGGAUGAGAUUGUGAUGGAAGGCGGCCGUGUGAUUGGAGUGAAGUCUGAGGGCGAGGUGGCUCGUUGUAAGCAGCUCAUCUGUGACCCCAGCUACAUCCCAGACCGCGUCCGUAAGGUUGGCCAGGUGAUCCGUGUGAUCUGCAUCCUUAACCACCCCAUCAAAAACACUAAUGAUGCCAAUUCCUGCCAGAUCAUCAUUCCUCAGAAUCAGGUUAACCGCAACUCAGACAUCUACGUGUGCAUGAUCUCCUAUGCUCACAACGUGGCAGCCCAGGGGAAGUACAUUGCCAUCGUCAGCACCACAGUGGAAACCGGCGAGCCAGAGGCUGAGAUAGAGCCGGCCCUGGAGCUGCUGGAGCCCAUCGACCAAAAGUUUGUGGCUAUUAGUGAUCUUUAUGAGCCUACAGAUGAUGGUACCGAGAGCCAGCUGUUUGCCUCAAGGUCCUACGAUGCCACGACUCACUUUGAGACCACUUGCAACAACAUCAAGGACAUCUACAAACGUAUGACCGGGAGCGACUUUGACUUUGAGAACAUGAAACGCAAACAGAAUGAUGUGUUUGGGGAGGAUGAGCAGUGAGCGGUAGAGGGGGGCUUCCCAGAGAGGGCGGGGCUGGGAGAAGAGGCGGGGCUAAAAAGGUGGCAGAGCCUGCGGAACGAGGGCCGGGGCUGCCUGAGCAGUGCUUUAAGAACAAAGGGGUGGGGAUGAGGCGUGAGUGUGGAGGAGAGGGCUCUGCCGGCCCCUAGCCGUUCAUCUCUUCCUCCUAACGCCCCUCUCUCUCGACACACAUUCAAACACAAUUUCUCACACACAUACACGCUGUUCAAAUACUCACACUCCCUAUCUGUCACUGAAAAGCAGGGUUGAUACGGCCUUUCAUUCCAUUGUAGAAUUUAGACUAUAAUCAUGUCUUAAUUAUUAGAGGUACGUUUAUUACUUGUUGGAGAUUUUCAUAGCAUUUCAUUCUUUCUGUAACGUCUUUCUCCUCAUAUCGAAGGUCGGGCUGGGUGCACGGUGAAGGGCACUGUCAGGUUUGAAUUGUGAGCUCUGACAUGAGAUUUGUAAUGGCUUCGUGUAGAAUCCUCUGGAAGGGUCACCUCCAGUUGACAUGCAUGUAUUUGCACACAGUAGUAUUGUACAUAGAUUCAAACGACUCUGCGCUAUGACGGCUGGACCAUUCCAUGCAUCGCUCCUGUCAACCCUGCUUUCACCUUUCUCUUGGUCUUUUACCUGUGUUAUUCAAUAGGCAUCGCUCCUUCUGGCAAAAUCAGUUGGUCAGGGUAAAAAAGUGAUGAAGAGUUCCAUGUAAAUGGGCUGUUUUGUCAACUGAUAGUGCUCACUUUGCAACGCUGUUGUGUUCCCUGUGCUAGCACGCAAGCUAACCAGUUGCUAUUAACUGUCACCCCCUCCAAAAAAAAAAUUCAUUCUUUGUUUAUCUCUGUUGUGUGAUGUCAGUUUUGAAUUUGAAUAAUUUACUUUCUAACAUUUUAAAUUAUUUAAGAGUUUUAUUUCUAUAUAGUUGGUGCACAUUUCACUGGCUGAAGUUAUGAAGUUUACAGAGCUGAGGUUGAAACUGUGGUCUUCAAGUUGAACAUUAAAGAAGGAAAUGUCAGGAGCUAAAGAGGUAGGGAGAGUCUGGUGCCGGUGGAAGCAAACUAAUUAUGGCAAACUGAGAUAUGAAGCAGUGCGCCAUGGUAAAAA